AUGUCAAAUUUUUUGACAAUUAAACGUUCAAAUGAUAUCAAAUAUGAUGUUAUAAUUGAAGUUGAUGGGCAUGGUGAAGAAUUUGAUCUUAAAGAUGACAAUAACGAAUUAAUUGAUAAAUUACAAAAUCACAUUAUUGAAAAAUUUAGAGAGUAUAUUGAAGAAAAUAUUUUUUUAACUUCUGAAACAAUUUUUUUGUCAGAGAAAUUUAAAAAAUUACAAAAUUAUUGGUCGGAUUUAAUAUGCGCAUUCCCUUCUCAAUUAUUAUUUGAUAAUUCAUCUAGGGAGAAAAAUUUUACAAGUUUGCCAGAAUCAGCAAUUUUAUUAUUAUUAAACAGAAAUGAUUUUGGUGUUGACGAAGUGAAUAUUUGGAAAAAUAUUAUAAAUUGGGCAAUAUCAAAGCAUUCUGAACCUACUACUUUCAGUAAGAAAAGUGUUGAAGCUUAUACUACAGAAGAUUUUGACUUUUUAAAAACCAAAUUGGAAAAAUUCAUUCCUUUAAUUAGAUUUUAUACAAUGACUUCAACAGAAUUUUUUAAUAGUGUUUUACCAUAUGAACAGAUGCUCAGUCCUGAAUUAUUUCAAGAUUUAAUGAAAUUUUAUUUAGUUAGGAAUUAUAAAAACACAAAGAUUCAAGAGUCUUCUGCUGAUACCAAUUAUUAUAAUAAACGAGUUGUUAGAGAUGAUGUUAUUGAUUAUAAAAAAUCAAAGAGAAAAUCUAAAAUUUUUAAAAUAAAAUUAUAA